AUGGCGGUAGAAAGCUAUGUGGUGGUGCACAACAUAGCCAAGAGGCACAACGUCGGUACACUCGCCCGAAGCGCCACCGCCUUCGGCGUCUCUGAGCUCAUCCUGGUCGGCCGCAGAGAGUUCAACGCCUUCGGCAGCCAUGGCUCCACCUCGCACCUUCGCUUUCGCCACUUCCACUCCCUCCAAGACGCUCGUCUCUUUCUCAAGGAGAGAGAUUGUGAUAUUUGCGGCGUUGAGAUCACUGAUGAUGCUCUGCCUGUCAAUCACCACCCUUUUACCAAGAGCACCGCUUUUCUUCUUGGCAAUGAGGGAACAGGCCUUUCUGCCAAAGAAUUGGAGAUAUGUGACUUCUUUGUGUAUAUUCCACAGUAUGGAGGUGGUACCGCUUCCUUGAAUGUCACGGUGGCAGCUUCUAUUGUGUUGCAUCAGUUUGGAGUCUGGGCUGGCUUCUCUGAAAGAAGUCGUGAUGGGAACAAGUUUAUUGUGGCAGAGAAACCUGUAAAACAGACAAGACGAAGUUUUUGUGCAGAAACAGCAGAUUCCGUAAUUGAAGAGCGAAAAUGUAGAAAAGAACAUGCUUCUAAUGGUUUCUUUGAUGAGAGUGGAAAUGAGAAUUCAUCUUCUAACCUUCUAGAUGGAUUGUUUGCUGAUGUAAAAUUAUAA